AUAAUAAAUGGAGGAGGAAGAAUAGCAGGAAUAAUUAUAAAAUUUGGGUUCUUUGUAUGGUAUCAAAUCAAUUAAUAUAAACAAGUAUUUUAAAGAAUAAGAGAAACAUAGAGAAAUUAUGGACUACAACAUGGAGAUUAUUAGAGAUACAGGACAUAUUGCUAUAAUAAAAUAAACAAACUACGACGAUAAAUGUAAUUUACUCAUGGAAAAAGAUUUUAAAAGAAAGUAAUUUAAGAUGUGAUUAAGGUACUUUAUAAUAUUGAAAUUAGAACGAUCCACGUGUUUUAUAAGUAUUAUUAUAUUAAGCAGAAAAGAAUUGGUCACAUGCAAUGACUUUGAAAUAAUUAAUAAAUAGCGGAGUCAAUAAGAAAAUAAAUAAAAGAUAGGUGAAGGUUUAUUUGGUAAAGAAAUUUAAGAGAGCUGUUCAAUAUUCAAAAUAAUUAUCAACUAUAUGUGAAUAGAGGACAGAAAAGAGAACAUCAUUAGAAUCUGAAGCAUAUAAUUGGUAUUUACAAGGAUUGUAUCAUUUUGAGACUGAAAAAUGGGAGAAAGCUUUAGAAUCAUUUGCUAAAUGUUAUACUAUUUAUGAAUAAAUUAUAAAAGUGUGUGAUUAAUUUAGUUCUGGAGUAUAUUAAGAGAGAUUAGAUUAAUUAAAUCAAUAAAUUAGAUAUUGCAAUGCUAAAGCUAAAAAAUUGGCCACUUUAUCAGCUGAUGAAUUGACUAAAAUGUUAAAAGAUUAAAGUGAUCCUAUUAUGAUUGCAAAAUUUGAGGAAAUGUUAGAAGAAUAGCGAUAAGCUAAAUUAAAUUAAUAAUAAGGAGUUUUCGAAAUUGAAUAUCAAGAUACUAAAUUACCUAUUAAGAAUGAAAAAGUGGUUAAAUUGAUUCUUAAAAUUUAAGAGAGUAAGUUAAUUGGUGAUUUGGAUUCUUAUACAAAUUUAUUUUCACUGUAUGAUGAGGCAACUAAAUAUGUAAAGUUGGAUAAGGAUUAAUCAACAUCUGAAUAAGAAAAAGAUAUACAUUUAAAAGUUUUAGGAUAUAUUAAUUAUUAAAGAUAAUCAGCUACUUUAGAUAGAAAUGAAUUACAUAUUAAAUAAUAUACAGAAAAGUUUAUUAAGGAAGAUGGAGUCAAUAACCUUUAGAAUUUAUAAACUAAAAAGGCAUUAAAAUUAAAGUUAACCACUCCAUAAGAAAUUAUUAAAUAUUGUGAUAAUUAUUCUUAAAUUCUUAGAUAAAUUAUGGAUGAAGAACGUUUCAAUAAAGAUAUUACACUUUUUAAAAUUUUAGAUGCCAAAGAAUUCUUUUGUAAAGCUUUACGUUGUUUCUUUGUGGGUUGUCUAUAUUUUACAAAUGAAAAAUAUAGAGAAGCUUACAGUUUAUUAAAAUAUCAUGAUGAUUUAUCAAGAAUUGCUGAUAGAAAAUAUAUAGAGAAUAAAUUGGAACCUCAUCCUUUAUUAAAAUCACUUACACCAUUAUCUAUAUAAAUUCAAAAUAAGAGUAAAUUAAAUGGUUUAAAACUUUAACAAGAUUAAGUUAAAAUUAUUGGAAAAGAAAUUUAAAAUAUUGGACUUGAAGAUAAAUAAAAUUAAAAAACAUUAUUUGAAUUAUUAGACUCACCUGAAUAAAUUACUUUAGAUAAUGUCUUAUCUUAUAAACCUGCUGAUUUAAUUUCAUUAAUGCAAUUAAUACCACCAAAACCAUUACAACUAGAUAUUGUAUUUAAAUUUAAUUUAUUAAAUAGGCUCAUUCAUACUUAACCUAUCCAACAUUAGAAGAACCAAAGAAAGGUGGAUUUUGGGGCAAAUUAAACAUUUUUAAAAAAUAAUGAUGAGUAAUAAAUAUAGUAUAUUUAACAUAAUAUAACAGUAGAC